ACCAAAAUCUGACUUUGUUCUUCCACCACAAGAGAGAGAGAGAGAGAGAGAGAGAGAGAGAGAGAGAGAGAGAGAGAGAAGAAGAGUCGAAGAACAAUGCUUGAGAUUGUUGGAACUUACAGGAAUCUCACACUUCAAAUCAUACUAUCUGUCUUCUUAUCCCUAAUCCUCUCAUUCGUCAAAAUCUCAAUCAUCUUCCUCCACGGUCUCUGUACCUACAUCCAACCUGAAAAUCUCAACCAAAACAACAACGCCGGAAACGGACUCCGACCCGCGAUUCGAAGACCAUCUAACAACGAAGAUCCGAAGUCCAAUGUCGAAGUCAGGAGAAGAAACAGAUCCAAAGAUAAAUCCGAAUUCGACGAAAGCAAUGCCCAGAUCUUUCGAAUUAAGCUCGAUGAAGAUCACCUCAGAUCUCGAAUGUAUUUCACAGAGUACAAUUCGCUUUUCGUUUUAUCCUUUUUAACUGUUUCGUGCUUUCUUCUUAACCGUUACUUCGGUGUAGAGGAGGAGACUCAUGGAGUGUUAGGGAACGGUUUGAUUUUUCCGCUUGUUCUUGGGUUUGUAGCUUUGUGUAAGGUGUUGGUUGCUUUGGGGAAGAUCUCGAUUGAGAGAUCUGCUUCGAAGAAAUCUGAGAAGAAGCUUAGUUUGAUUUUUGGGGUUUUAGGGUUUGUGUUUGGGAUUAUCAUCAGUGCUGGUGUGUUCCCUAAAGGAUUUGAUUUUCAAUUGGGUUCUGUUGAUGCCUUCUCCUGUAUUGUGAUCUCGUUUUCGAUGGCUUGUAUCUGUGGGUUUCUUUAUAUGCCUGCUGGGAGAAGUGCAAGGUCGUUUUGGGUUGGAACUGAUCAGAUUAGGAGUAAUUUGUCGAUUGUUUCUUGUGGAUGGUUCGGGAGGAUGGUUCUGUACGCGAAUUAUAUCGUAUCUGUGUUCACUUCUUUGCUUUGGAUUCAUCCCUUGGCUGAGAUUUUAGUGAAGAGAACUGGAAGUAGUCAGACUGGGUUGGUUGGUAAUGUAGGCUUGUCGAGUGAUGAUUUUGUUGAGUUUCGGGUGUUGUGUUUGUUACUGUCGGGUUUGCUUCAAGCUAUGGCUGUUCGUCCUAACCUUCAGAUGUUUUUGAACGAAGCGGUUCUCUCUUGGUAUCAGAGAUUACAUGGAAGCAAAACUCCUGAUUUGGAUUUUAGCCGGGCGAAGAUGUUUCUUCAUAACCAUUACUUAUGCCUUGUUGCUCUGCAGUUUUUGGCGCCAUCGGUUCUUGUGAUUCUUUUCCUCGGCUUGUCUCAGAUUGACCUGAGCUCUUUUGCUGUGUCUCAACUGGUAUGUGGUUCUUUGCCUUGCGGUGAUUUCGUUAAACAAGUCGGUUUGCUGAUGUCUUGGUGGGUACUGUUUGUUUGGUCGUGUUUUACUUCGGCAAGUCUUGUCUUUUAUCGUCGAGGUGUCUUGUAUGUUUCUUGAGAAGUCUGUAGCUUUUUUCUCAACGUUUUUUUUAUGUAUUAGGGAAAAAUGGCAGAAACAACAACAACAAAUCAGUUUUGCAUAAUAUAAAACUUUGGUCCAUUCGUUUCUUUGUUCUA